UCAAGGCUGAUUAUAUUUAAUGAAACCAAUUAUUCGCUGCCUUAAAAGCCUGAACUCAGUGCUGCAAGGAAUCACAACAGUCCCACUUCGCAAUGUGCACAGUGCUUAUUAUUUUGGUUCUGCUCUGCACUUCCGCCCGGCUGGAGACCGUCGAAGGCGUCCACAACAUGAGUCUGGUGAGGUCCGUUCUGGACGUCAUCGCUAGCCGGGAGCAUUGGAAAAAUACGCUAAUCUUCUUGGGACACAGGACAAAACGGGAUGAUAUCAACAGUAUGAUAAUUUGGCUCCAUCGAACCAUGGAAGUCACAAGCCACAUGGUGGAUACGACCGUUUCGUCGCGCAAGCAGAAACCCCUUGGCCGUUACAACAUGAGAGCGGACAAUGCCGUCACUCUGUUCUUCUGCCACACCACCCAGGAACUAAUUUGGUACCAUCUAAACAGGAGUCUUCGAAGGUUGCGUCCUGCUCGACUGAUUGUCGUCCUGCCCAAUGAACGAAGUGGUUCCUACAAAGCAUUGAAGGCCAUAUUCCAGAAGCUCUGGCACCACCAGUUUCUCAAUGUUCUGGUUGUGCAUAAGGAUCGUAUCUACUCCUAUACUCCUUAUCCGAGAGUGCGCUUCUACAAAGUGGAUAUCCACUCGUACCCACUGUUUCCCCCGGCUACAAAGGACUUCCAGGGUUAUGUUGUGUCCACGCCAGCGGAGAACGAUGUUCCGCGUGUGUUUCUUAUCCGUGACCAACGGACAGGGCGACAACUGAUACGAGGCUAUGGCUAUCGGACCUUCAUUGAGUACCUGCACCGCCACAAUGCUACACUGCAGGUGACCAAUCCGAACCAGGAUCUCGGCCCAACAAGUAAUGUCAAUAUGAGCCGAAUAAUCCAGCUGAUAAUGGAGAACCGAUUGGAGAUCUCCUUGCACCCGUAUGUGGAUGUUCCAGAGAAAAUGGGCGACUAUAGCUAUCCCCUGGUUGUCGCAAGGAAUUGUCUGAUUGUGCCCGUGAGGAACGAGAUUCCGCGUCACAUGUACCUACUGCUGCCCCUCAACCGAUGGAGUUGGCUGCUACUGCUUGGCGGAGUGUUCUACAUCAGCGGCGUACUUUACUGGAUCAAUCCCGGGCACGAACAUAGCAGCUGGAAUGAACGCGUUGGCCUGAACUUACUGGAUGGUCUCAGCCGGAUACUUUUCAUCUGUUCCCCCACAAUUGUGCACAGGCCGUCUCUUCGCUACGUUAUAGUCUCGUUGCAGCUGACGAUCUUCGGAUUUGUUCUGACCAGCUGGUACAACAUUCAAUUGGACAGCUUCCUAACGGCAUUGGUCGUGGGUAAGCAAGUGGAGAGCAUAGAGGAUCUGAUCGAUCAGCAACAAAAGGUUUUGGUGAAGCACUACGAAGCUAGCACUCUCCUACGCCACGUCAAGCCCCAUCUCAUCAACGGAGUGUCCCGCCUGCUGGUGGGCGUUAAUUCUAGUGAACAGGUCUCGGCCCUGCUCAGCUUCAAUCGCAGCUACGCGUAUCCGUUCACCGUGGAGCGGUGGGAGUUCUUUUCGUUGCAACAGCAGUAUGCCUUCAAGCCGAUCUUUCAAUUCUCCUCGGCUUGUCUGGGAUCGCCCAUUAUAGGCUUUCCGAUGCGCAGUGACUGCCAUCUGGAGUCAUCUCUGAGCAUAUUCAUUAUGAGAAUUCAGGCCACGGGGCUUCUGCAGCACUGGUUUGUCUCCGACUUCAACGAUGCGAUGCGGGCUGGCUAUGUGCGCCUGCUGGACAAUGUCCUCGGAUUUAAAGCCCUGACUGUCGACACUUUGCGACUUGGUUGGUAUGUCCUCGGCGGCGGUUGGCUAAUCUCUGUCUUGGUUUUCACAUUCGAACACUUUAAGCUGAACACGGGCCGUUCAUUCUAAGCCAUAGCAAUAGCCAUACAUAUACCCCAGAUUUGUGUGUUGCAUUGCAAGGUGCUCUUCUGAAAAAUUCGGAACUUCUCUUUAAUCCGUUUCUUUUGUUAAUUUUCACAGUUGUAAAGGUUAUCGUCUACUAUUUGUAUUGCUUUUACUGCAGCAGCAGUACCUUGAUUGCACCACUUAAACUAAUUACCAAACGAGAAUAAAAGUAUAAGUGGGUUCGCACACAGCUCAUUAAGGAGAUUAUUUGAACGACUUAAUUCGUAAAUUGUUUACCACAAUGGAA